AUGAAUGCAUCCCAUCUCCAGCCUCUUUCCAUAGACUGUAGCCUUGAUUACAAUUUGGAUAUGUCAAUGUUUCCUGGAUGGAAUGAUCCUUGGGUUCGAGCACAACCGAGUGUGAUACUUCACCGCCAAGAAUCGUGUAUUUGCCAUAUCUCACCGCAGAUCACGCCUGUUGAGGAGCAAAAGCACCCUACAGCCUCUGCAGAAUAUUUCUCCUUCGUUGAAAUUUUAGAUCAUACCAUAUCCGACGUCAAUGCCAACAAGCAUCGCCCUGACGUUGACUUUGGUAACGCGUCGGAUGCGACGCUUGAAGAUGUUCUGUCUAUUGAUAGUUCUUUGGUAGACCACAAGAGCGACCCCUACAUCAUCGGCACAAUGACACCGAGUCCUUUGUCCCCCGUAGUUAUCUUGUCGUCGUCACCAUUACAAACUCUCCUUGAUAUUGACUUUCUUUUACUUAGCCCAGUAGAGACACAACUACAGCUAACUACUUCACGUCAAAAGAGGAAACACGGAGGUGACACUGCCUUGGACGUUUCAUCUGUAGCAAAGCGGCACUGUUACUAUGGUAAAGACCUCUUCAGCGAAUUGGAUGUGACCUUCAACAUGACCGAGGCCAAUGUCACGGUCAACGACCAAGGUACUUCUGACCCAGUCGACGAAAUAGAAUAUGACUUUAUCGCACCUGUUCGUGACUGA